AUGGGUGACUACGACAGGCGCCAGUCAGGUGGCUACCAUCGUAAACGGAGAUUCAGAGAUGACGAUGAGCACCACGAUCGAAGAAACCAGCGCCGGCGGAUGGAUUCGGCACCGCUCCCUGUCAGGGUCCGACGCCAGCUUCUGAGCAUUGCAGAUUCGCCAAUGCGCCGAUGGUCCGAGGAGGUUCAAAACAUCGCCUUCAUGGUUACAGACAACUACGACGACGAGAAUCUGCGCAGCACUUUCACAAAGCUUGCGAUACAGCUUCACCUUGAGCAGCCGCUCAAGACUCCCUUCGUGGCCGCUGUGCUCCUGGUUGCCAACACGCGCAAGUCCGAAUUGCUUGGCGAGUUUCUUACGAAGCUGGCGGAGAGCAUCGAGUCGAAGAUUGCACUUGGGGAAUGGAGGGACGUGAAGCUGCAUUUGAAGCUCCUUGCUUGCCUGCAGUCCACUUUGGAGGGAGAUGGCGUCUUCCCUCUGCUGGAUGAGCUCUUCAACCGUGCUGCUGACCUUCAAACAGCCAGCUCCGAUGACACUAUUGGAACCGAAUUAGUGAAGAUCAUCCAGCUUACUAUCCCAUACAUCAUGGUAUCGGCGCAUGGCCAAUUCCACCAGAAGGCUGCUGAACUGAUGGAGAAGACUGACAUCAUCGCGUCCGAGCCGCAUGCACUACAAGCCCUUGUCGACCCCUUCAUCCCCGAGAGCGAGGAUAAAUCGACCGCCUCACCAAGUUUAUGCAUGUUGCUGCAAAAGCAGCUCCAGGCCGAGGCUGGAAAAGACUGGGAGCUUGCCUGCUUACCUCGGCCCUGGGAAAUGCCAUUGGAGGACGUUGAGCUCCAAGAGAAGCUGUCCAGCCCAUCCAAGCAUCCUCUUCCAGCUAUCAAUAUCCCCGUGACAGUCAUUGCGGGGCCUCAUCCUCUCUUCCCUGAGGUUUACUUUUCUGUUUAUGCCGACCAGGACGCUCAGUCUGUCCCGCCAUCAACCAGCAUUGCCUCCUCUUUGAUUCGCGACGGGCUCAUUGAUACGAUCAAUAUCCUGAACUACAACCGAAAUGUUACAGCACGCUAUCUUAUGGAUUUAGAUUGCUACUUUGCGGAGGGAACUUUCGUCAAGCGGGCAACACCUUUCGAUGAAUUGCGCAAUUUUCCUUCGAAUAGCUCGACCUGGAAACCGGAGGACGUGGCCGUCGACACUGUUUUCUCCCAAAUUUUUCAGCUUCCUAAGGCCGAGUGCAAGCUGGUGUACUACCACUCCGUUUUGACCGAGGCUUGCAAACUGGCCCCGGCUGCCAUCGCACCAAGCUUGGGCAGAGCUAUUCGAUUUCUCUACCGGAACAAUCCUCGGAUGGAUUUGGAGUUGAGCUACCGUUUCCUCGACUGGUUCUCGCAUCAUUUAAGUAACUUUGGCUUUACCUGGAAGUGGGCCGAGUGGACAUCCGAUACGGAUCUGCCUGAACGUCACCCUUGCAUUUGGUUUCUCAAGGGUGCUCUCGAUAAGGAGGUCCGGUUGAGCUUUGCCCAGAGAAUCCAGAAGACUCUGCCACAGGAGUAUCAUAAGUUCGUUGGCCCAGAGAAAGAAAAGGAUGUACCCGACUUCAAGUUUUCGAAUCCUGACACACCAUUCUCCAAAGAAGGCCAAGAAAUUGGAGCGCUUUUGAGACGAAAGGCCACCGAUGAGGAAUUUGAGCCUCUAAUCGAGAGUAUUCACGCCCAGGCCACGGAACAAGCAUUGGACCCCCUAGUGACCAGCACUGACGUGUUCAUGACUGCCGUUUGCUGGGUGGGUUCCAAGUCGCUCAGCCACGUACUCGCAUGCAUCGAUCGUACCAAGCUAAGACUCCUUGACGUUGGAGCGAAAUCGGAAGCAGCCCGAUCGCAGAUCGUCACCUCCGUCAUGGAUUACUGGCAAGCUCACCCGGGAAUUGCCUUGUCUAUCAUCGAGAAGCUCCUGAACUACUCUGUGCUUACACCCUUCUCCGUCAUGGACUGGGCGCUUGUUGCUGCCACGACUUCCAACGGCACGGAUGGCGGGUUCUCCCUCGCCCAGCCACAUGUGUUUGAACUCGUCUCUCACACGGUCGCCAAGGUUACGACUCGUGUGCGCCAGUUGUAUACCUCUUCAGAUAUCGAUGAGGAGGGCCGCGCAAAGGAGACAAAGGCGAUGAGGGAACUCUUCCAGGCAAUGAACGACGCUCUGUCUAGCUGGGCGGCCGGUAACAAAGACGAAAUGAUGGAAGACGGCGAUGGCACCACUACCGAGGAAGCCAUGACCCGGAGGUGGGGUCAGAGAUGGCUUCGCGUCUUCCAGCGCAGGGCAGCAAUCGAAGAGGCGUUUUUGCUUGAGGCGGGUAAGACUGCCCCCGCAAAGGCCGAUGACUCGGCGGACGCUGAGCUCAUAGCAUAG